CUGCCUCCCAGCGAACCACUGGGCCCGGAGCACAGGAUUGAAAGUCUGUGAGCAUGUGGGGCCGUUUAAAGAGAUGCACCGAGCAGACGGCACAGACUUUCUCCAUUGACGAAUCAUCGAGAUGAAGAGCAGCGCCAAUCCGGCACCAUGCGCUCCAGGCUCCCACGGACCGCCUGCCUACUGCGACUCAUUGCACUCUGCAUCCUCCUCUCGCAAACUGCAGCUUAUUUUGGACUGACAGGUCGGGAGCCCUUGGUGUUCUUACCGGGUCCGUUCUCCAAUGACCCUCCGACAGGUAAAGCGCACCUGAAGCAGUGCGAGCAGAUGACUCUGACCCGGCGGCAGAAGAGGCUGUGUCGCAGGGAGCCCGGUUUGGCCGAGACGCUGCGGGAAUCCGUGCGCCUCAGUCUACUGGAGUGUCGUUAUCAGUUCAGGAAUGAGCGCUGGAACUGCAGCCUGGACGGCCGGGGAAGCCUUCUGAAAAGAGCAUUCAAGGAGACUGCCUUCCUGCUGGCAGUGUCCUCUGCAGCGCUGACCCAUGCACUGGCCAAAGCAUGCAGCUCAGGCCGCAUGGAGAGGUGCACAUGCGACGAAUCCCCCGGGAUCCAGCAUCGAGAAGCGUGGCAGUGGGGGGUCUGCGGUGACAACCUGAAAUACAGUACCAAGUUCCUCAAGAAGUUCCUCGGCCAGAAGAGGGUCAGCAAGGACCUGAGGGCUCAGAUUGACGCCCACAACAUCAACGUGGGAAUUCGGGCAGUGAAGAGCGCACUGAAAACAACCUGCAAGUGUCAUGGAGUCUCCGGCUCCUGCGCCGUACGGACUUGCUGGAAGCAGCUGUCUCCUUUCCACGACACCGGGCGGCUGCUGAAGUAUCGAUACGACACCGCCGUGCGAGUGCUGAGCGUGACCAACGCGGCGACUGGGGAGACAGAGCUCGCAGGCCCUCGUCGCCACGGCCAGAGCCUCCGCACCACCGACCUCGUCUACCUGGAGGACUCCCCUAGCUUCUGCAGGCCUUCCCGCUACUCCCCGGGCACAGGCGGCCGGACGUGUGCCAAAGACACCAGCUGUCAGAGUCUGUGCUGUGGACGAGGUUACAACACGGCCAUGCGCCUCACCAGCCUGUCUUGCCACUGCCAGGUCCGUUGGUGCUGCCAUGUGGAGUGUCAGACGUGUGUGAGAGAGGAGGAGGUGUACACCUGCAAAAACGCAUAACUAACGAGAGACAAUGAGGAGAAAGGAGGCAAACACUUAUAUAAUAACAUGUGGACACGACUGAACUCCUAGCUCUUACAGACAAUCCACAGAGGGAUCUCCAUCAAAGCAUGUCUUUGCAAACUCAUAUUUUUUUUUAUAUGGGGAGGAAUAUACACAUGUAUCAUUAGAAUAUUACAGGAUACUUGCUAAACAUCACCUGCUCAUAUGCAGCAGCUUUACUGUAGGUGAGAAUGUUAUGAACUCCUCUGCUUCUCGCGCUGGAUGCACUGAAAUGCCGCUCCUCUAGGACAGAGGGAAAUGAGCUCUUAAACAGGUACUGGACUGGACAUCACCAGCAGUGAGACAACAAACAGUGACUCUGUCGUAUAGAAAUUAAUUGGCCCCUUUCACUUGACUAUUUAUUACUGGUCAUUGUGUCUGUUGUACUGCUGCUUUAUACUUAAACCUUUCUUGUAAUGACGUUUUGCCACUGAGGCCGAAGAGGCCUUCAAAGGAACCCACCUGUCUGUCUGUCUGUCUUUCUGUCUGCUGUAUUCAGUUUAAUUCUGAUUUUUUUUUUUUUUUUAAAAGCACUUAAGUUGCUCUUGCUACAUGUGAUACAAAGUGUUGAAUUAAUCUUAGAAGUUAUGAAAACGUUUAAAUGUUUAAACCGAGUCACUGGAAGCUUUGGGGUGAGGUUGAUGCCAUUGAAACAUUGUAACUACAUGCAGUCACAGGGAACCAAGCCUGCUUUCGGUUGCUCUUAUGGAAAUGUCUAUGGAAAUGCCUCCGUGAAGCCUAAUUUGUGCUCAGCAGAACAAAGGGAAACACUCCGCGUAAUAGAGAGGGAAUCACCGAGCAAUGUCUUUGAAAAAACAAAGAAGAAUGAAAAAAACGCUUGAUUUCUGAACAUACCAUCUCUCCUGGUGUAUUUCAUCUAUUUAUAGAGGCACACACUUUGCUGUGCUUUCAAGUUUAGAAAUGCCCGACUGAAACAUUUGGUCCGAUUUAACCGCAUCUUUGUUCUCAAUGCCUUUGAAGAGGGCUAAUCAUGCUGCUUAUUCCCCCAAAUUGCUAAUCAAAGAAAAUCACCAUGUUUACUCCCUAAUUCUCACAUCCACACAAGAGUUACAUUCCCAUGUGUGCAGGUCAGACCCCGGACGCUUUACUUUGUUGGGCUGAUUCUGAACAGUGCAUAUCUCAUGGUAGGGCUCGAGGCAUAUGACAAUGUGGAAUCAUCAUUUUCUACCUCACUUCAUCUUUUGGCAAAUAUCAGUAAGAUUUAUGAGCUAUGCAGAGUCAUGUCCUCUUCUUUUAUUGUCUUAAAGUUCAUAUUUUUAAGUUGUUGUACAGCUCUUUUGAAUUUGAUAAUACAAAUCCAAAUUUCAAAAGUCAGUGUUUUUUUUAAUCAUGUCGCUUUACAUACUUAUUUAAAAUAAAUAACAUUUAUACAUGGACAUAUUUGUUAAAGCUGUGUUUGUUGUGUCUUUUUCAGCACUC